UCUAAAAUAAUGGCUGGAAAAAAUUCUAAAAAGAAAAGUGAUCAAGUCGUGCAGAAUAGGCCAUUCUUGUGCGCAAGCUUUGAUGAUGGCUUGAUGAUGGUUGUUCACACAACAUGGAUAAAAGAACAGUUCAAUGAGUCGCGCUAUGAGGUGUACUAUCCAAAAAAAAAUGCUUCAUCCCUUGUAUCAAAGAACAUUCCGAAGGAAAAUAUCAUUCUUUGGGACUCCAAGCCAGUGAUUAUAGAAUGUUCUCAUGAAACUAUGAUUCAGGCUCGAUGUCACCAGAAGGAACUUUCUGCUUCUGAUGAUGAAAGUAAGAAGCGUAUCAAAGUACGCAAGGACCCACUGCUUCAAGAUUUAGAGAAUACUGUUCGAGAUCAAACCGAUGGAGAUGCAUCAAAGCAAGUACAAAAUGCAAUGUCUGUGAUUGAGGAAACUGUGGCUGAGGAAACUGUGGCUGAGGAAACUGUGGCUGAGGAAACUGUGGCUGAGGAAAAUUCAAGUGAGCGAAUCGAUCAGCUUAUUGAAGGUGCGGUGACUGUUGACGAUUUGAAGAUAAUUUUGAAAUCAAUGAAUGGCCAAUUGAAACGUAAGAAUGAAGACUCUCCAACAAAUGAUGGUAAUAAAAAGAGCAGAACCAAUCCCAUUGAAAAGAAAAUUGCAUCGAUCGAGGACUUCAAUAUGUUCUUAAUAAAAGCCACCGAAUCACAGGAAUAUAAGGAAAAUCUCGUUCGUUAUUGGAAAAAAAUGCCGGGAACUGAAGGCAUGACAAAGUUUGGCAAUGGAAAGCUUCAUGCCAUUUUAUUAUCAAUCUUUGAUUUACAGUUUUUGAACGAUUCGGUUUUAUGGGGGAAAAUUAUGUGUAAAGGAGGAUGCUGCAGGAGACAAAAAGCUGUAUCUGAAAGUCCAUGGAAUAUUUUUGGAAAUGUUGAAAGAUGUCCUUAA